CGCCGACACUCAUCAUCAUACCCCACAUCCACCGGCAAGAUGUAUUUCAACCGAAGAGCCAAGAAGAUACACAGCGAGGGAGAGCAGUUAGUGUUGACCACCAUUAGGCAGGAGGCUUCUGAGCUGCAGGACCAGGGUGCCAGCGCUACCAUGUGUGCCCGCCUCACAGACAGGUUUGACAAAAGACCUUCUGGAUCGUCCGCCGGCUACCGCAAGGCAGAUGACGAGAUGUCCGGGACCACUUCCCAGGCCGAGCCCGUAGACGCCUCGGCUCGGACGGUGCUGCUCAGCCGGCCUCAAAACACCAAGUUCUGCGACAACCACGUCAGUACCACCAAGUAUGGAAUUCUCACCUUUCUGCCUCGGUUCCUCUAUGAGCAGAUCAGGCGGGCGGCCAAUGCUUUCUUCCUGUUCAUCGCACUCAUGCAGCAAAUCCCCGAYGUGUCUCCAACGGGUCGCUACACCACACUGGUCCCGCUCAUCUUCAUCCUCACUGUGGCCGGGAUUAAAGAAAUCAUAGAGGACUAUAAACGGCACAAAGCAGAUAACACAGUAAACAAGAAGAAGACAACAGUGCUGCGGAGUGGAGCUUGGCAGACGGUCAUCUGGAAGCAGGUGGCAGUAGGAGACAUAGUGAAGGUGACCAAUGGCCAGCACCUCCCAGCUGACAUGGUUAUAGUUUCCUCCAGCGAGCCUCAGGCCAUGUGCUACAUUGAGACGUCUAAUUUGGACGGAGAAACCAACCUGAAAAUCAGACAGGGUCUCUCCAUCACAGCCGGUCUUCAGACCGUGGAGGAUUUGAUGGCGCUGUCUGGUCGUUUGGAGUGCGAGGGACCCAACAGACACCUGUAUGACUUCACCGGCACGCUGCGGCUAGAGAACCAAAAUCCGGCUCCUCUGGGUCCAGACCAGGUGCUGCUUCGAGGCGCUCAGCUCAGGAACACACAGUGGGUCGUGGGAAUUGUUGUCUACACUGGCCAUGACUCCAAACUAAUGCAGAACUCCACAAAGGCCCCGCUGAAGCGCUCUAACGUGGAGCGGGUGACCAACAUGCAGAUCCUGGUCCUGUUCGGGAUCCUGCUGGUCAUGGCGCUGGUCAGCUCUGUGGGCGCAGCCAUCUGGAACAGAGAGCACACCGAUGAAGCCUGUUGGUACCUGUCCAGGGCAGGCGACAUCUCCACCAACUUUGCAUAUAACCUGCUGACAUUCAUCAUCCUCUACAACAACCUGAUCCCCAUCAGUCUUCUGGUCACUUUGGAGGUGGUGAAGUUCACACAGGCUCUCUUCAUCAACUGGGACGUGGAGAUGUAUUACGCAGAGACAGACACACCAGCCAUGGCUCGAACAUCAAAUCUGAACGAGGAGCUGGGCCAGGUGAAAUACCUCUUUUCUGACAAAACGGGAACCCUCACCUGUAACGUCAUGCACUUUAAGAAGUGUACCAUUGCAGGAAUCACAUAUGGCCACUUCCCUGAUCUUGACUGUGAUCGCUCAAUGGAGGACUUCAGUAAUCUUCCGUCCAACAGUCAUAACUCCACAGAGUUUGACGACCCAACUCUCAUUCAGAACAUAGAACAGAACCACCCUACAUCUCCUCAGAUCUGUGAGUUCAUGACGAUGAUGGCGGUGUGUCACACGGUGGUACCAGAGAGGGAGGACAACCAGAUCAUCUACCAAGCCUCGUCACCUGACGAAGGAGCCCUGGUCAAAGCUGCUAAAGGACUUGGCUUUGUCUUCACCGCGAGGACCCCUGAUUCCGUCAUUAUCGACGCUAGAGGAAAAGAGAUGAGCUAUGAGCUGCUGAAUGUGCUUGAGUUUUCCAGUAACCGCAAGCGUAUGUCUGUGGUGGUCCGGACGCCCAACGGGAAGCUGAGGCUGUACUGCAAAGGAGCCGAUAAUGUUAUUUUUGAACGACUGCACGAAACGUCUCAGUACAAAGAAAUUACUGUUGCUCAUCUGGAGCAGUUUGCUACUGAAGGUCUGAGGACCCUGUGUUUUGCGUACGUGGACCUGGAAGAGGGCGCCUAUCAGGAGUGGUUGAAGGARUACAGCCGAGUCAGCACUGAACUCAAAGACCGCGCUCAAAAACUAGAGGAGUUAUAUGAACUAUUGGAAAAGAACUUAAUGCUGCUGGGCGCCACGGCAAUAGAGGACCGUCUCCAGGCCGGCGUCCCAGACACGAUCGCCACUCUGAUGAGGGCCGACAUCAAGAUCUGGGUCCUUACAGGAGAUAAGCAAGAGACUGCCAUCAAUAUAGGUUACUCCUGUCGUCUGGUGACACACGGCAUGUCCCUCGUUAUCGUCAACGAAGACUCCCUCGAUGCCACUCGUGCCACUCUCACAGCUCACUGCUCAACGCUGGGCGACUCUCUGAGAAAAGAAAACGACCUCGCGCUGAUCAUCGACGGCCAAACGCUGAAGUACGCCCUGUCCUUCGAGCUCCGCCAGGCCUUCCUCGACCUGGCGUUGUCCUGCAAAGCUGUGAUCUGCUGCCGGGUGUCCCCGCUGCAGAAGUCCGAGAUCGUGGACAUGGUGAAGAAGCACGUGAAAGCCAUCACUCUGGCCAUAGGCGACGGGGCGAACGACGUGGGGAUGAUUCAGACGGCCCACGUCGGGGUGGGAAUCAGCGGCAACGAGGGCAUGCAGGCCACCAACUCCUCUGACUACUCCAUCGCUCAGUUCUCCUACCUGGAGAAGCURCUGCUGGUCCACGGGGCGUGGAGCUACAACCGUGUCACAAAGUGCAUCCUCUACUGUUUUUACAAGAAUGUGGUCCUCUACAUAAUCGAGAUAUUUACCGCGCUGCCUCCGUUUACGUUGGGGAUUUUUGACCGGCCGUGCAGCCAGCAGAACAUGCUCCGAUUCCCGCAGCUCUACAGAAUCACCCAGAAUGCCGAGGGUUUCAACACCAAGGUGUUUUGGGGCCACUGUAUCAAUGCACUUAUUCAUUCAAUUAUUCUCUUCUGGUUUCCUUUAAAGAUGUUGGAGCACGACUCUCCUUUCAGUAACGGUCAGGGAAACGACUACCUGUUUGCAGGAAAUAUGGUCUACACGUAUGUGGUGGUUACAGUGUGUCUAAAAGCUGGAAUGGAGACCACCGCUUGGACCAGGUUUUCCCACCUGGCCGUGUGGGGGAGCAUGGUGCUCUGGAUGCUCUUCUUCGCCGUCUACUCCGCCAUUUGGCCCACCAUCCCGAUCGCCCCCGACAUGCUGGGCCAGGCUGGCAGGGUGAUGCAGUGCUGGUACUUCUGGUUGGGUCUGGUUCUGGUGCCCACCGCAUGUUUACUCAAAGAUUUCGCAUGGACGGCCGCCCGUCGCACGGUGAGGAAGUCUCUGCUGGAGGAGGUGCAGGAGCUGGAGGCGCGGGCCGUCGACCCGGGGGCCGCGGUGCUCAGGGACUCCAGCGGUCGCAGUCUAAACGAACGGGCCCAUCUGCUGACAAGAGUCUUUAGGAAAACACCUUCAAGUGUGGGACGCUCGAACUCGGUGCAGCAGACCGUGACAC